AUGAGUUCUGCCGGCAGCGGGAGGGGCAAGGGCAAGGCGGUGUCCAAGACCGUGUACCUCAAGAUCGGCAAGUACGCCCAGCGCGUCGGUGCCGGCGCCCCUGUCUACCUCUCCGCCGUCCUCGAGUACCUCGCCGCUGAGGUCCUGGAGCUCGCCGGCAAUGCUGCGCGCGACAACAAGAAGACCCGGAUCGUGCCGCGCCACAUCCAGCUGGCGGUCCGCAACGAUGAGGAGCUGAGCCGGCUUCUGGGCGCGGUCACCAUCGCCGCCGGUGGUGUGCUGCCCAACAUCCACACCACGCUGCUCCCCAAGAAGGUCGGCAAGGGCAAGGGCGACAUCGGCUCCGCGUCCCAGGAGUUCUAG